AUGUACGUGGUGCUGGUCCACAGUCCAGAUAAUAAGAAAUACGAAAACGACCCCCUGCUGGAGGAGAGCGAGAACUGCAUCUGUGCCUACAUCAAAGCAGAUCGAAACUUUCACUUCAUCUGGAGACCACAGGCCAUGAGUGAGACUCACAAUUUUCGCCUGAUGGAGAAUGAGGGCGGUGUGUCUGCUGAAAAAUGUGUCUAUCAGCAUUACGUCUGGGAUCAUGCGACUCUGGCUCUGGACGUGGGUGAUAAGGUGCUACAGCUCCCGGACCUCCACAAGAGUGUGAGAUUCUGUGAGAAGAACAAACGCCCAAUCAACAAGCAAAGAUCGUUUCAGAGCUUUGAAAACGCUAAGGCCAUAGUGCAGAAGCUGUGGCCUGAAUCAGGACCACUGCAGGAGUUUAAGGAGUCUGCCUUCCACAUUAACGACUGA